UGCUGCCUGAAGGCUCACUUAGACAAUAAAACAGUUUUCACUUUUACUCAGCAAACGCCACCAGAGGAAAUCCUACUUAUUUAAAAUCAAAUAUCAUUUCAGUUAUGAGUUAUGGAGCCCCAGAAAAUAAUCGAAGUCAAGAUCGGCAAUUUGCUGGCCUAGACUUGAAAGCCGGUGAUCUGCAAAGUCGGAACGCUGGCACUCAAAGGACUUCACAAAGCACUUACAUCCCUCCUCAUCUUCGUGGAGGAGGUGGAGGCACACAACAACGUUCAGCUGAAUUUUUUAGCAGAGACAGCUAUUACGGAGGAAGAAGUGGUGAAAGAGGUUAUUCCCCUAGCAAUAGUUAUGGCAACAGUUACGGUGGGGGAAGUUAUGGAUAUAAUCAAUACAAUAACUUUGGUGGCAUUAAUAGAAAUAACUAUGGCGGUGGUUAUGGAAAACGUGGUAGUGGUUAUAGGGACAGAAAUUACGACUCUCCCAAAGAUCCUUGGAUGUCGUUGCCCUCUGCGGAAGAUUGGGGCAAGCUAUUACCACCCAAUGAACGCUUGGAAAGAGAGCUGUAUGCUGGCUGCAACACCGGUAUCAAUUUUGACAAAUACGAAGAUAUUCCCGUGGAGGCGACCGGAGAUAAAUGCCCAGAUCAUAUUGAAAAUUUCUCUGAUUGCUCCAAACUGGGAGAAGUUAUAACUCACAAUAUUGAACUGUGUCAAUAUUCCAAGCCAACACCGGUUCAAAAAUAUGCCAUACCGAUCAUCACUGGAUAUCGUGACUUGAUGGCCUGCGCUCAGACAGGAUCUGGAAAGACUGCUGCAUUCCUUAUUCCGAUUUUGAGUCGAAUUUUUGAAGAUGGACCUCCGUCCCCCCCUGACAUGAAGCAUCUUGGUCGACGAAAGCAGUUUCCUAUCGGUCUUAUUCUUGCUCCGACCCGUGAAUUAGCCAUUCAAAUUCUCGAUGAAGCAAAAAAGUUUGCGUAUAGAUCUCACGUACGUCCUGCCGUCGUCUACGGCGGAGCUGAUGUUGGCCAACAAAUGCGUGAUCUUGACCGCGGUUGUCAUCUUCUUGUUGCCACCCCUGGACGUCUGGUGGACAUGUUGGAUCGUGGCAAGAUUGGCUUGGAUGUUUGCAAGUUCUUGGUUUUGGAUGAAGCAGAUCGCAUGUUGGACAUGGGAUUUGAACACCAAAUUCGUAGAAUUGUCGAGAAGGACUCGAUGCCAAAAACAGGCCAAAGGCAAACCCUCAUGUUUAGUGCUACAUUUCCAAAGGAAAUUCAGGUACUUGCACGUGAUUUCUUAGACAACUACAUUUUCUUGGCUGUUGGACGUGUUGGUUCAACAAGCGAAAAUAUCACUCAAAAGGUCGUUUGGGUCGAUGAUGUUGACAAGAGAUCUUUCUUGUUGGACCUUCUCAAUGCUUCUGGUCCUGACUCAUUGACGUUGGUGUUCGUGGAGACGAAGAAAGGAGCGGAUGCAUUGGAAGAUUACUUAUAUCGUGAGAAAUAUCCUGCAACGUCCAUUCACGGCGAUCGCUCCCAGCGUGAGCGGGAAGAUUCACUGCAAUCAUUUCGGAGUGGUAGAACUCCAAUUCUUGUGGCCACUGCGGUUGCAGCUCGUGGUCUGGACAUACCACAUGUGAAACAUGUGAUCAACUUUGAUAUGCCCAGUGAUAUUGAGGAAUAUGUCCAUAGGAUCGGUCGCACAGGUCGUGUCGGCACACAUGCGCCAUCUUCGGUUCUAUAA